AUUUACUAUCCUCUUUAUUGAGUUAAGUGACAUUUAUAUAGUAUAUAAAACAUUUAAAUGGGUAAAUAUAUAAUACCUUGGCUAGUUUUAAAAAGUUUACUUAAAAAUCUAUUAGUAUUACAUUUCUACUUCAGAUAUCAAAUACUUUGUUAUUAUUUAAGUACUUGUCCAUUCAGUGGCGUAACGUGGGUUUUAAGAAAGUGUAAGCAGAAAAACUAAUGCAUUGGAAAUUUAUUAGUAAUUUUACAGUCAACUACAAAUGUACACGGCCGCCGAUUAUCCCCUUAUCCGUAAUACAAAUAAUAAUAAACCGGUUGGUACUGUGGUGUAUGCAAAAUCAUAAGUGCUUACAAAUUGUAUAUAAAUACGAGCCCCCUCUAUGGCAUUGUACGAAAGCCGUGUCUAUUAGUUCACGUAAGCAGUUUCAGAACAUGUUACACGACGGCACAGCGCGUCAAUACCAAGUGUUAAUAAAAUGAAAAUAGAUUUUCCAGUUUUUCCACCAUCAUACGCAACAGCCGACGACGAUGACCAAAAUAUGGCUGUGUUCGUACUUAAUAAAAAAAUAAACUAAACAAUAAGAAAUAGUCAAAGAUUUAAUUUGAAUUGUAAUUUGUUAUUAUAAUGACAUAAAUAUUAACUUAUUUUUCCUUUUUUUCAACUGUAAGCAGUGCUUACAGUGCUUACAUGCAUGCUACGCCCCUGUGUCCAUUUCACAUAAGUGCUCCCAAAACAUUUAUAUAUAAUGACUGAAAGGUAACACUAGGUUAAACAGUUAGAACAUCCUUGUAAAAUGUAAUUUAUAUUUUUAAGACCAUAGACAAUAUUGCUUUAAAAAAAUCUUGAACAAACUAAUUUGAGUUGAGUUCAGCAAGUAGUGUGUUCUUUUUGUCUCAUAUGGAAACUUUCUUUUAUUGUAUGGAAAAAAACUUAAUUUUACAUCUUACAUCAUUGAUUCAAGUGGAACUAUUAUGAAAUUUAAUAUUGAUAACACUUCUCUAAUAAAAUCAAUAAAAUAAUAGCACCAAAAUGGUCGAUCAUUAGUGUUGAUGUUUAUGUGCUUGAUACUUCAUAAAAUAUUAGUGACGCAUCAAUUUGAAGUCUGUUUUAAUGGUUAAACUAAACAUUAUUUGUAUUUAGUUAAGCUUUAUGAUAAAAAGUAGUAGACAUAAAAUGUUUAUUGUAAUAUUAUUUUAGUUGAGUUUUAAUAGUUCUUGCAUUGGUAAUAUUUCAACAUUCAAUUUUAUGAUAUAUUAUUACAUGUUGCUGUGUGUUCAGAUUGUAUAAGUUGACGGGCAAAGUGUGUGUGGCCAAUUAUGUUUGGCUUACAACAUUUUGGUGUGAUAUCGUUCGACUCAAAUAACGAUAACAACAUAUAUCAAAUUGCAUACACCGUUAUUUUGUUUAUCACCGGCAUAUCUCUUAUUAUCGUGUUUCCUUUGGUAAACGAUAAGUUCGACGACUGGUCAAAGGCGUUCUCCAUGUCUUUGACGGUGGUAACGUGUAGUUCGGGGAUCAUAACUUCGUUGAUAUCAAGAAUGAUCGUUGUAUACAACAUCAAGUUUAAAUAUCAAAAGUUUAAGACGACAUUGGAAGGAUUCGAGAUUUACAUACCAAUGAACUCCGUCGCCUCUAAACACAUCAAGUAUUUUUCUUUUUCCGUGAUUUUCUUCUUCAUGAGUUUUAUCAUAGCCACAAAUUCCCUAAGGUUGUUUUACAUAUUUAAUAAUCACGUUAAUCCCUUUUUAAUGACGACAUUUUUUGGUUUAUAUUACAUGCACAACCUGAGUAUGGUGUGCACGGAAUUGCAUUUUUCCAUCCAGUGUUUUUUAGUGUACACGAAGUUUCGAGAUAUAAACGAAAAGUUAAUUCAAAUAAACGACGAACAGAAAUACUACAAUUUUAAUGUACGAUAUUCGUUUACUGGAACCCAAGUGGCGACUCCGAGGAAUAGUGACGACAAAUCACCACCCUGUGUGAUCAUGUAUGAAAAAGAUUUUUACUGUCCAAAGGACAAAAGUUUUCCAUUGGCGAACACUAUAGAGCUGUUUAGAAUUAGACACUGGCUAUCCAGGGAAGCUAUCAAUGACAUAAAAUGUUUAUUUGGCUUUCAAAUGGGCAUGUCUAUCAUUAUUUUAGCUGUUACUGUAUUAUUCGACAUAUAUACGGAAUUAUUUUAUUCGUACACAAACAGUUCGUUUAGUAAAUCAGUAUUCCGAUCAAAGAUUCUAUUCAUUGGGUGGAUGCUACAAUACUCCACAAGGCUUGGCCUCAUAAUUGUCACAGCACACACUACAAUACAGCAGGCGGUUAAAACCAAAAAGUUAAUUACGGAAAUGAACAAUCGACACACAGAUAGUAAUACGAAAGAAGAGCUACAAUUAUUUUAUAAUCAAUUAUCUAUCUGUUCACCUGAAUUCACCAUUUUCGACAUUUUGACAAUAAACAAUAGUCUCAUAACAUCGAUGAUGUCUGCUGGCGCAACAUAUAUACUUAUAUUAGUACAAUUUCAAUCGGAAAAAACAACUCACAAGAAUCAUUAUUUAUCAAACCGUCCAUAAAAAAAAUGAAAAAUGGUAGGUAACCUUUAUGCAAAAUAAAAUUUUACUUGUAGGUAUCAUUUUCAUUCUUCUGCUAUCGCCUAUCUUAUAUUCCUACUGUAAUUUAUUGUACCUAUUGUUUUUUAAUGACUUAUGUUAUUAUAUUAUUAGCUAAUAUAUGUACCUAUA